UAGUCAGCAAAACUUCGCACGAGUCGCUUUUGAGUCAUUUUCGAAGCGAAGCAAGUCGUGAAUUAUUUGUGCUUAGCUUAAAAAUUGAAUUCGUUAUUCUUACUUGAGUUCAGUUGCGUUCAAGUCGUUAAACUGGCAGCACGUAUCAUGUCCGCAGGUCGCGUUUUCAUCUAUGGGGGGAAAGGAGCCCUCGGGUCCGCCUGCGUCGAUCACUUCAAAGCCAAAGACUUUUGGGUUGGCAGCAUUGAUUUGAGUGAAAACGACAAAGCAGACAUUAGCAUUGUUGUGCCACGCGAUUCGAGCUGGGAGGAGCAGGAAUCCUCUGUGGUUAGCCAGGUGGGCGAAUCUUUGGCUGGCCAGAAACUGGAUGCUGUAAUCUGUGUAGCCGGCGGCUGGGCAGGUGGCAAUGCCAAGAAAGAUCUGGCCAAGAAUGCAGAUCUGAUGUGGCGGCAAAGCGUUUGGAGCAGCUGCAUCUCAGCCACAUUGGCUGCACACCACCUGAAGACAGGUGGUCUGUUGGCUCUGACCGGCGCCAAGCCUGCCCUGGCUGGCACUCCUGGCAUGAUUGGCUACGGCAUGGCCAAGGCUGCAGUGCAUCAGCUAACACGCUCGCUGGCGGGCGAGAAUUCCGGUUUGCCCGAUAAUGCGCUGGUUGUAUCCAUUCUACCUGUUACCCUAGACACGCCCAUGAACCGCAAGUGGAUGCCCAAGGCUGACUUCAGCAGCUGGACACCUGUUACCGAGGUCGCCGAACUCUUUGAGAAAUGGACACAGUCCAAGGACAGACCCAAAAGCGGUUCCCUGCUGCAGCUGAUCACAAAGAAUGGCAUUACGGAACUCAUUCCGGCGGAGUAGAGACAAGAGAUUAUUGAACAAACUAAUGAUGAUACACUAUAUACAAUAUACAUAUAUAUAUAAUGCUUGUGCUUAACAAAUAUGAAUAAAGGGACGAUGGAGGAAGAAGCUUAAAUAUGCUUGCAAAGCAAAAGAAAAA